GGCGUUCAAGGAAGUUUUUGUGCUUUUCGCUUUCUUUUUUUGCUCAACAAGUGCCCUUGUACGUACGGUUCAUAUGAUAACGAUUGCGAUUUUGACGAGAGUUGCUGUUGGGAUGGUGUCUGUAGAGAAAAGUGCAGCGGCUGCACUUUCAAUUACGAGUGCGGUACGGACGAAUGCUGUGACUCGGAUGGCUAUUGCUACGAUUGCUCUGUACUCAAGACUCCAGCCAUUGUAGGCAUUGUCUUCGGCUGUUUGGUGGUCACCGCCAUUGUGAUUUCUAUCGCGGCGUGUUUCUGCUGUGCUUGUUGCCCUUAUUAUCGCUAUCGCCAUCCAGGAACAGUCAUCGUGGGAGCGCCUGCCACAGGAUACCGGCAAUUUGUAUCCACAACUUCAACACAGCAGACCAUUCCUCCGCCAGUACCCCAGGGAUAUGCUGCUCAACCGCCACCGUAUUAUCCACCGCAACAAGCCGGUCCAUACCCUCCUCCUCAGGCUCAAGGAAUGGCCCAAUACCCCCCUCCUCAGGCCAAAGGACCUUAA